AUGUGUACCACCCUUUCUUUUCUCGCCACUUCCAACAUGCUUAAGUUGGCGCCGACCGUCUCAGACCGUGCUCAAGCAGCUAACCGGAUGAUUUUACGUCCUAGGAGGACCAAGAACAACAACAGCGUUGACACUGCUCCAAAGAUGUUCCAAAACAUUGUCUUCUCGAUCCCGGAGCUUGUUCACUUAAUCACCGACCACCUGGCAAGGCGCGAUCUCACGGCCCUCAUCCGUGUCAACUGUACCUGGAAUAGCAUUUGGGUUCCUUAUCUCUACGAAAGUCUAUUUUUUCCCCAGUGCGGAUUAUUUAACGCCUAUCCAGAGAUCAGCAAAUACGGAGACCAUGUCAAGACCCUCGGUCUCUCGCGCACAAGAUGGAUCAGCGCCCGCUACCUUCUCAUGUUUACCGCCAACCUACAAUCGCUCAGGAUCCGAUUCGGGGUCUUGUAUACUUCAUAUAUCGAGCAGGUCACGGAGAUGGUGCCACAGCUUCGAGUCUUACAUGUUAUCCUGGAGCUAUCCUUAUCGCAGCCGUCGGACUGUCAGAUGGCAUCUGUAGCGACUCUCAAGAACCUGGAGGACUCUUACUGGUACUCCAAUGCCAACCUCCGCAUCGACGAUAUUCUUUUGGUGUUCAGAGAUUGCCGUCAGCUCAGGUCGUUGGUUCUGGAAAGGGUCACCAUAGUAGAGGAGCUCAAGGACGUCCGCAACGAGCAGGAGCCAUAG